UACUGUUGUGUUUUUAAUUAUUUCGCAAUGUCUGAACAAAAAUAUUUGUAUCUCUUGCUGUUAUCACUGAACAUAACCUUUAGUAUUUGCUACGUCAACUACGAGAUAUUCCGAGGAUUCGAUAUAGCCAAACACUCGCACCCGACUACCGCAGUGUCAACGAAUCGACAUAAUCUCUUCCUUGUGAAGUUUCUCACAAACUCGAGUUUUCCUCACUUGAAUGUAACUACUAGCAACACCAAUAGUACCAAUUCGACGAAACCAACACCUCGUCCAAAAUAUCGUCCGAAAACAAAAGCAAAAGUAAAGAAACGUGUUAACAAGAAAUGUCCUGAGACAGAGAGUCCGAUGAACAUCGGAACAUAUGAGGUCCCGACACAGCGAGAUCUGGUGCAGUACACCAAGAGAAUCUUGAUGAAAUUCUUUAACAGUUAUCAUGAGAAAACUUUGUUCCUGCUUAAGGAUAUUAAAGAGGCAACUAGAGCGACAAUGGAAUUCGAAAAGAGGUGCAAUUCUGGUAAGGCAAAAAUUUCAUACAGGGAAUGUGUUAAGCAAGUGAGUAAAAAAUGUGUCGCCAUCACCAAGGAUUUGGUCGCGUCCUUAGAAAAACAGAAAAUGGAAGUGGUCGCCUUAACACAGGAAAAAAUAUGCGAUAUGAACUCUAUGCGAAUAGAUCCCAUCGAGCUCAUUAAGAUUCUAGCAAUGGACGAGGCAACUAUGUCAUUUGCAUUGCCGGCCUUCUUGAGGCUACUCGGUGGCUGCUCAUCGUAUUGUUUUAUGGAAUCGCCACCAGAUCGCCGACCACGACUACGACAACUCACAGAUCAAGAUCUAGUUGUAAGACAUUUCCUAACGAGUAAAAACUACGUGCAACUUAUAAACGACACCACGACGUAUGUGUAAGGAUAAAAGAAUGCAGCGCUGGUAAACUGGAUGCAUUCCUCGCAUUCAUCGCCAAUGAACGCACCCACUGCGAUCGAUCGAGCUUUGCCCUGCUCCGCGUGCCAUACGCUAGAUGUCGCUAGUAUUAAUGAACUUUUGACGUGAACUUGAUUGAAACUUAGAAUAACUUAACCAAAAUAUUCUAAGCUUUUUAUGUGAUGUGAAUAGUGAUAACUGUGGGAAUAUCCUUUUAAAUAAAAACAUUUAUAAUACAAUGAGUGAGAGAUGCA